CUCGCAACACCGUCCCAGAAAGUGUUGCGUCACGGUGGGUCCGAGGCUCGUCUGUGCCCCUCGCAGAAACACUCACUCCAGCACCUCACAACACAGCCAACAUGUCGGGGGCUCUGUUCGGCGGCAACCUCAGGUCCAGCAGCAAAAACCUGGUGGAGUUUAAGGCGAGGAAGAUGUACAUGAAGAAUCAGAUGGUUCAUCCAGACAAGCGGAAGGGUCAGCUGUACCUCUAUCAGGCUGAUGACUCCCUCAUGCACUUCUGCUGGAAGGAUCGCACCAGUGGCACUGUUGAGGAGGAUCUGAUAGUGUUCCCAGAGGACUGUGAGUACAAGCGUGUGUCUCAGUGCACCACGGGCAGAGUGUAUGUGCUCAUCUUCAAGUUGUCAACCAGGCGACUUUUCUUCUGGAUGCAGGAGCCCAAGACAGAUAAGGAUGAAGAGUAUGCUCGCAAGGUCAAUGAGCUUAUGAACAACCCGCCGGCACCUGGCUCCCAACGUUCAACAGGCUCUACGCCCAACCCUGCACUGGGCUCAGAAAUCACCAAUCUACGGGACAGUGAUAUCCAGAAUCUCUUUGGCAAUAUCUCUCAACAACAACUGAUGCAAAUCCUUGGGAGUGGAAUGUCCAGCCUGGCAACACUUCUAGGGCCGGGUAGAUCAGGCAGUGGAGGGGGUCGCAGUGGAAGUGGCAGCAGCAGCUCCACAUCAGCCACCACAACAGCCUCCACUACCCCUGCUGCCACCACCACCCCAACUCCUGCACCCACGCCAGCACAGGAGUCAGGGCGAGGCAGCACCACCAGCAGGGAGAGUAGCAGCACCACUCCUGGAGCUGGCAGUGUUGUGCCUAUCCAGCUGUCAGACCUGCAGAACAUCCUCUCUGGCAUAUCGGUACCUCCUGAUGCAUCUGGCUCACCCAGGGUUCCAGUGGACUUGAGUUCAGCAAUGACAGCAGAAGCUCUCCAGCCCAUACUGACCAAUGAUGAGUUUGUGAAUCAGCUGCGACCGUACCUCCCCGCCACUGCUGAGGAACUGCCUCCUACUGAACAGUUGAGAGGCACUGUCACAUCUCCACAAUUCCAGCAGGCUGUGAGUUUGUUCAGUAGUGCUCUUCAAUCUGGGCAGCUGGGUCCCCUGAUUAACCAGUUUGGUCUUGGGGAAGAUGCUGUGCUAGCUGCCUCAUCUUGUGACAUGGAGGCCUUCAUCAAGGCACUUGGCAAGAAAAAGGACAAUGAGUCAUCAUCAUCCAGUAAAAAAGGAGACGAGAAGAAAAGUUCAGAGAAAAAAGAGGACCAGGACAAAGACGAUGAUGACUACAUGGCAGUUGAUUAAGGUCUGCUGGGUCCUAAGGUAGCAGAUAGGUUACUUUUAUAUCUUAAAGGUGUCAAAGCUUUUCUUGAUUACAUUUAUUUUUACUCACGGGUUAGAAUUCCACAAUACACAUAUGCAUACCUAGAAUACUAUACUACUACACUAAAAUGAGGUAAAUCAAACCUUACACUUGUUUUACUUUUGUAAUUUAUAAAUAUUUUGGUAUUCUGCAUUCUGCGUAAGGUUUUAAUCUUGUUGAAUAUGAUUCCAUGGCCAUACUAAAGCUCUUAUUGGCUAUAGUUUUUACCGUCAGUUAAUUGUGAUUUACCAAUAAGUAGUAGUUUAUAGUCUUUGUGUAAGGUGAAUGUGUUUGAAUUUUGCAAAGACAUUGUGCCUUGGUUAGGGUUGUCUUUUAAGGGUUCAGAGUUCAGUUUGUAGAAGUGUUUAUGUUUUGUGUUGAUAUAAAAUUUACCAUAAUAAA